CACGUCUCAGGCUACAUGAUGCAGAACGGGACACACGCAUGAUUUAACAGCUUGUCUAUUUUUCCUGUGACUUUUUUCCAUCAGGUGGGACUGGGUUGACAGCAGACGCUCGCCUCGGCACAGAAACACAAUCGUACUCCUACGAUAGACUCCUAACAGAACCACGCCAUGCACUGUGUGAGCAGAGGAGGCUGCUACCUGGUGAACUCCUUCUGUGACAUCCAGGAGGAAAACCACUGGAAGAGAGAGAGCUACCAAGCAUAUUGGCUGGGGCUGGUCAUUGAAACGAGACCACAAUACAAGCUGACACUGUCAGAGACCGACAGUGUUCGUAGGGAGAGUUAUAAGCAGCAACAGGUGGCCCACUUCAUGGUCGAGAGGAAUCCCAGCCAGACUUUAAGGCUGGGCACCUACAACAGAUUCAUGAUCGAACACCACCUGCCCUUAUUUAACACCACCAAGGAUGACGCCCCAUCCGACCUUAUGAGGUCACAACAAAAUCCAGUGACACUAGAAUGGCUGAUUAAUGGGGAGGGUGAACAGAGAGCACCUGCCGUAACUCAGGACCUCAACAAGCCCGUCAGAAUGAACUUCAGAGCUUCUAGCCUGAUGUCCUCUCCAAGGGAAAUCUCUCAUUGGGUGCAGAGGAGAGAGUGAAGCAAGAUGGUGGAUUUCAACUAAGACAAUAAAACAUAGGUAUCAUUAAUAAAAUGUGUUUAUAUACAUUGUAUAUUAACUCUGCAUUUUAAAAUAUAUACCUGAUGUUUUUAUGUAACUUAUGCGAAUGUGUUUGAAUGAUUGAUAAAAUGAAGAACAUACUCUAUCUUAGCUUCUAACCUAUGUUAAAUAAAUACAUUACACUUU